AUGACUUCGAUUCUGCGACUGAGUAAGGACCGCUCUUCCUUCCUCUUCAGACGGCAAAAUCAGGACAACCAAGUUGGCAGCUCUUUCGAAAGCCUUGAGCACCGCCUGCCUGAUAUUUCUCUUGUCGACACUCGUUCUUUUGAGGAUCUCUUCGAUCAAUUCAAGGGCCAGGAGUCUCUAGAGGACUGCUCCGAUGCUCAACCACAGCUGGAAUCCGAGAAGGCUUCCGGGAAAGGUCUGGGUCAAGCCAAUGUCAACAUCAACAGGACUGAUUCGAGAACGUCGUCUUCCUACUCGCAACCAAGCCAGAGAGAAAGUGAUUACUCCCCGAUUGUCACCAGGCAUUCAUCCAGCUCCAGCUACACCCAGGAGCCUCCGUUCGCCAUUUCGAAAUCUGUAACUGACCAAGGCCCUGCACGGCCAGUGCUUGCCGGCAUUGAUGGAUCUUAUCCCCGAGCUCAUGGCUCCCGUACCACAACCAAUUCUUCAUCACUCAUUGUCUCUUCGACGCCGCCAAACCUCGACAAGCCGCUUCCACCGGGUCCAUCUGGAGGCCAGAAGGCUUCAACGUCGGCACCUACUCUGCCCUCUCGUCAAACCGCCGCAGAGCUUCCAUCGGAGCCUAUUAUACCGCCUCAGACUCAGUCCGAGCCGAAUAUCACUCAUCGAGCACCCUCCCGAUCAGAUGGAAUCGCAACAUCAGACCAGGUAUUUCAAGUUGCGGUCAUAUCAGACCUUCUAUCGUCGUCAACCAACCCAGUGCCGGCUGUGGGAUUAGGAAAUGCACCCUCGACCAGCCACCGAAGGCAUCAGUCAGCCUCGGAGACUGCUUAUCAGCAGAGCAUGACAUUCAAGGACGAUCAUGCCAGGCGAAAAAGUGCAGAUUUGUCACUGCUUGCCUCGAAAGUAGAAGGUUCCACGCGUCUGGCAAAGUCCCGAUCAAAGCAGCUCUAUAGGCCGAUCACUGCAGCAACUGCGGAACGAGUAAUUUACAGGGUCAUGUGCAAUCUGCAGAGUAUCGAGGACUUGCUAGCAACUGCUAUGGUCAGCAAAGGCUUCUUGAGGACGUUCCAACGCAACCAAUCGAACCUUGUCAGUCACCUACUGUUCAAGACGUCCAGGCCUGCCUGGGAAUUCCGGCGAAGCAUGCUCGCUCUACAAGGGUCGAAGGACUUUGUCUUGAAAGACUUCCGACGCGACUGUGCACGCCUUACCGCUCUCAAAGCUCACAUUGCAGCUCAUUGCAGGUCCAGCUGUAAACCAAGUACGCUUGCUGGCCUUCUUGGAGAAGAUACAGAACGCCAGGCAGAGGUUGACCAUGCGUUGUGGCGCAUAUGUACCUUUUCCACCCUUUUCGGAAACACCGUGGGACAAUCUGGAGCUUCCAGCACAGAAACCGACUGGCUCAAUGGCGGCAGAGCACCGAACAAUAAGCGACUAGGCGCAGGGUUUUCCAUCGGCAACGGACCAGGCCUUAGCAUCCCAGAGCUCGAGAACAUGAAGGAAUUGUGGCAAAGCUUACAGGUCAUUGUCUCUGGCUUCCACGGCAGGGAAGAAGAGGCUAAGCAGUUUGGAGUGUUUGAUAAUUGGCAUCCAGAGGGCACCGUCUCGGAGAGUCAACAUCUUGCCGAGUGGAUUUCCUAUCUGCUGGCUCUCGGACCGCAAACCGUCCUUUCAGUGUCUUCGUGUUCGUUUGAACGAGCGAGGACGCUGGGCCUGACGACGUGGGCUGCACCCCCAACAGGCAAAAGCCGGUGCUCGUUCCUAGUAGCCGCCAUGACACAAGUAUACCAGGAGAGAGUGCUUGAAGAGGCUACGCUAAAGACGACUCGAUUUUCGGUUUCUCGAGCCCCUAUUCACCGCCCUACCAGAUCGGUCGAAGAGCGACAGCUGCCUUUUCCCCCGUCCAGUAGACCAGCCACCUCCAAAACACAACCUCUCAGAAUCGACACGUCUAACACUAAACGACGCCCGGCGUCUGUUGACGAAGCUGGGAACUCCAGACUUGAGAUACGGCCCGACUGCGAUCCAGAUCAUCUUGAAGGCCACACUUCGGGCAUCUUCCCUGCCUCACCCACGGCAGAUCCGACGUUGUUCUAUGCCUUGAAUAUGACCUCGACAGCGAGCACGAAACUGGGGGCAACGCUCUUUCCGAUGGACUACGCCAGACCGACUCCGCGAGUACCUUUCCCCGCUCCUGAACGACCAGCAGUGAAGAGCAGUGGAGUGAUAGAUCCCGUUGACAAAGCCAUGACAUUCCUGGUCCAAGAAAUGGGGUUCCAGGAGUCGAGAGCCAGGAAGGCGCUUGCUAUGUGUGACACUGGGUCUGGACUUGACUUGCAAAAGGCCGUCGAGUUGUUGGCAGUUGACUCGAAGGACUCCAGACAGCAGUUUUCGGCGCCGGUCGAACUACCUACAUCUGUUGAGAUGCCUGGACCGCCGAGCAAGCUCAAACAGCAGCAUCUCUCCUCUUUUUGCGACGGCCAGUGCAAACGGACCGGCACUAUCGUCCAUUCGCGUAGCCGGUCCGCUGGCGCCAUCACGGAGGUUUCCAUCAGUCCUGUAUCCGCAGCUGACGGGAGUGAAUGGCAAGAUACAAUCUCCCCUCUGGCCGCUUCGCCCAUGUCAGCCACCCGAGCUCGGACACCGAUGCGUCGCGGACCAAGCCGGUCGACUAGGACAUGGAAAGUGCUCGGCAUGGAUACCAUGCUGAAACGGAAGACCUCUCUCUCUGUGCUGGGGAUAGACGAGUAUCAGGCCAAGGUCGAACGAAAGAGGAGCAUGCGCGCGGUGAACGGGACAUCGGAUCCUGGGGUCAAAGAUGGCUUGAGCAAGAAUCUGCUCGGUUUAGGUCUGGCCGUGGGGAGCGGCGCAGGAGCCAAGGCUUCUGGAGAGCAAGUCGAACAUGUUCGGGAGAAAAACAGGCACAAGAAAGAGAAGAGCAGCGCCAGUCGUAUGGCCAGGUACGCAUGA